CUUGACUCGAGCUGCUCCAUAAAACCUGGGUGGUCUCACCGACAUUUUGCACUUCCCUAACCCCCCUCCGUUCUUUUGCGUAAUAUGGAAGCUCUGAAGAAAGUAUUUGAGAAGAAGAAUGCCAAUAGCAGUCCUGCCCUGGUCACCUUCGUGACAGCAGGCUACCCGACUGCAGAUGACACUGUGCCUAUAUUGCUUGCGAUGCAGGAAGGAGGAGCAGACAUCAUAGAACUCGGCGUGCCCUUCUCCGAUCCCAUGGCGGACGGACCUGCUAUCCAAGAAACGAACCUUGUCGCUCUUCAAAACAACGUCGAGUACGCUCAAUGUCUUGGAAUUGUGAGGCAGGCUCGCAGGAAGGGUCUCACAGUCCCAGUUUUGCUAAUGGGUUAUUACAAUCCCCUUCUUGCAUAUGGAGAGGAGAAAGCAAUCCAAGACGCAAGCGAAGCAGGUGCCAAUGGCUUCAUUGUAGUCGAUCUUCCGCCAGAGGAAGCUGUAGGAUUCCGGGAAAAGUGCACAAAGGCAAACGUCUCAUACAUUCCCCUUAUCGCACCCUCGACCACCGACCAUCGAAUCGAGUUCCUUUCUUCUAUUGCAGAUACCUUCCUCUACGUCGUGUCCAAGAUGGGCACUACAGGAUCCUCCGUAUCCGGCACGGUGAAUAGCGCCCUUCCUGACCUCAUUUCUCGAGUACGAAGCCACACAAAUGUUCCCCUCGCAGUAGGAUUCGGCGUUGCGACGCGACAGCACUUCGAUCUUGUAGCUGAUGCUGGUGCAGACGGCGUUGUGGUCGGCAGCAGGAUAGUGUCAGUCAUAAAGAACGCGCCUGCGGGAGAGAUCGCAAAGAGUGUCGAGGCCUACUGCCGCGAGAUCAGCUUGAAGGGUCAGCCCCCGAAGCAACCGCACCUCCACAAAUCGCACAGCUCUGCUUCCAACGCGAGCAAGGCCGAUAGCGAGGCUACGCACGAGGAACCCCUUCCGCCGCGCUUUGGACAGUAUGGUGGACAAUACGUUCCGGAGGCGCUCUGGGACUGUCUGGUGGAGCUAGAACAGGCGCACGAGGCGGCGAUUAAGGACCCCGAGUUCUGGAAGGAGUUUGAGAGUUAUUAUGGGUACAUGAACCGUCCAUCGAACCUCUACAAGGCAGAGCAGCUCACUCAGCAUGCCGGUGGUGCGACGAUCUGGCUCAAGCGGGAGGAUUUAAAUCAUACAGGGUCCCAUAAGAUCAACAACGCCAUCGGUCAGAUCCUGCUCGCUCGCCGCCUGGGCAAAAAGCGAAUCAUUGCAGAGACCGGAGCAGGACAACACGGUGUCGCCACAGCCACCGUUUGUGCCCGCUUCGGUAUGGAAUGCGUGAUAUAUAUGGGCGCGGAGGACGUACGGCGUCAAGCUCUCAACGUCUUCCGGAUUAGGAUGCUCGGGGCCAAGGUUAUUCCUGUUCAUUCCGGCUCCUGCACACUCAAGGAUGCAGUGAACGAAGCGCUGCGCGACUGGGUGACAAACCUUUCCGUGACGCACUAUCUCAUCGGCUCUGCGAUUGGGCCGCAUCCGUUCCCGACAAUCGUGCGCGACUUCCAGCGCGUCAUUGGUAAGGAAAUCAAGGCGCAACUGAGUGCGGAGAUCGGCAAGCUGCCCGAUGCUGUCGUAGCGUGUGUCGGAGGGGGCAGCAACGCCAUCGGCGCAUUCUACGACUUCAUCCCGGAGAAGAGCGUGCGACUGAUUGGUGUGGAAGCAGGAGGCGAGGGCCUGGAAACAGGCCACCACUCUGCUACCUUGAGCAUGGGCCAUGCUGGCGUUUUUCACGGUGUGAAGACAUAUGUUUUACAGUCGCCCACUGGCCAGAUCAUCGAGACGCACUCGAUCAGCGCUGGGCUCGACUACCCAGGAGUGGGCCCCGAGCACGCCUGGCUGAAGGAUUCAGGUCGAGCGGAAUACGUGGUAGCUACCGAUGAGCAGGCGCUCAGAGGCUUCCGAAUGUGCACUCAGCUAGAGGGCAUCAUUCCCGCAUUGGAGUCAUCUCAUGCCGUUUGGGAGGGUCUCCGCUUAGCAAAGACCUUGCCAAAGGAAGCCGAUAUUGUCAUCUGUCUCUCCGGACGAGGAGACAAGGAUGUGGAGCAGAUCUCCCAGCUUCUCCCUGGCAAAUGGGAGGAUAUCCUCGACUGGCACAUCAGUUCCGAUGUGUAGUGAUGGUAAAAUGUAACAUAAUAUAUCCUGGAGCAAUCUACUCGCGCCUAUAUGACGGUUC